AAGUAUAAGCCUUAUAGCACCAUUGAUCAAUUACACGACGAAUGGGACGCUGCCAAAAGCGACCACGAACACAUGAAUCACUUUGAGAUCGAGUACCUGAAAGACCUUAGAACUGGGUUUCAGUAUGAGUGGUUCUUUCCGGAAAAAUCACUGGGGUUAACCAAAGCUGGGUUGUCUAGGAUAAACCAGAGCAUCGAAGCCUUUGUUUACUGUAUUCUAGGCGCGCAAGUUCAGACCCGGUCGUCAAUCGUUGGUGAUAGCGGUUCAGCUCAGGAAACGAAACAGGUCUUCACGAAACUCUUUGAAAGCGCGGUGGUGGAAAACAGUAUAUCGAAAAGUAUACAACGGUAUCAGUUUGCUUUACAACAGGCGAGACAAAAACUAGACCUGGCUUUCGCCCUCGGCUGUUGGUUGAGUCCAUCGUAUCUUGUGAUAAAUAACAACACUUCGAUCGCUGGCUAUAAUAACAAGUUACAAAAAGCCACCACUGAUAUGAAACUGGGGCUGAAUCCAAUAAAUAACGAGAUAAAAACGAUCCCAAAACAUAAUAUGGGUCAUUCAAAGAUUGUGUUACCUCAUACCGAGUCAGUCACGGCUCACAAACCGGAACCGGAGGCGAAAACUAACCCAAAGCCGGACGUGAUUAAACCCACGAACACGCAGCACGAAAAUAACCUUGUCACGAUCACAGCCUUUACGGCUGGUUUAGCUUGGUAUCUAUUCCGGUAACAUGCGGGAUGCAUGUGGACGGAUGUGAUGUACCGCAAGAAGACAAUACCUGUUCACGUGUGCAUACCAGACCACCCUGGCGACCGCGAACUCCCAAUAUGAUUCUAAGUGGCCUGCUGGCUUGUAUGGGCUUCCCAAACCUCUCUCUGGUUGUCCGUCCGGUGUAGCCUGGGCAACAGGAUGGCGUUUCCAGGACACGAAGGACAAGAAUCCGUCCAAUUCUCGCUCAACCAAUUUCCACAUGGAGGGCCUGGUGCGGGAGAGUAGUGUAAACAGGUCAUUCUGUAUCAAAAAUCAACGGGAUGAUGAUGCCACUACCACUAGGCCCAUUUGGCCUGAUGGCAAGUACUGCAUCUACCAGUCAGACUUAAGCUGUCCUACAGGGCUCCGUGCCGGCUCGGUCACUUGGGGAGACGAGGAGACCAACAAUCUAAACUCCAAGGGUGGGGUCCUACCCAAAGGCAGCUAUAAUGACGGUGUUGAUCCACCCAUCACCGCUCUACAGUUCUGCUGUAGUGUAAUGGGGGAUCCCUCUGUACCACUUUCCCUCCCCGUGGACUCACCGUUUUAUUUGAUGCCGUAUGGAUCGAAAGAGUGUCAACAGGUCGAGUGGGCAGUGGGGGAAUUAGAGUGGAUUUAUUUUGACUCCAACGGUAUCCAUAAUGAAGUGCGAGCACCCUAUCCAUAUGGCGCAAACGUGGUGGGACAUACUAUACACUACUGCUACUACACAAGCUGCAAGUACAAUCUGAUGGACUCAACAGGUACUUUCCAGUCCCCUCGCUUUCCUCAGAAAUACCCGGAUGGACAGUUGUGCUCGUGGAGGAUCAUUGUUAAUCCUGGCCACGUGGUUAAUGUCCACUUUACUAAUUUCUCGCUAACUGGAGGCUCCAGCAGCGACGUGCUCAAAUUAUUUGACGGCGGAAGCGAUAGAGCAAAACUGAUGACAAGUCUCUAUGGCAAUGUGAUACCGGGUGACGUGAGGUCAACAAGUAAUGAGCUGUUUGCAGUGUUCAGCUCUGAUAACGCGUGGAGUGGUGGAGGUUUUCGAGCGGAGUACAAAGCAGUGGAUCCUGUAGAAGUACAGACAGCAACUUCAUCAUCACCGACAACUAGUGAAAUUGCAUCACCAACAACACCUACAACAACUAAGGUCGUCGCGACUGACGUUCCAACUACGUCACUCGAAAUUACGACAGAAGUCUACACGACUGCUAAUAAGCAGGCUUCCGCUGCACCGCAAAAGAAUUGUGCCGAGGGCUCAGAGCGAGUUUCCUUGGUCGCUAUACUAGUGCCUUUAGUGUGUUUGGUUGGGACGAUUGGAGUCGCGGGAUUUCUGUUGUAUCGUUGGAGGAACCAGGGAAAAGCAAAGCCAAGCGUAACAGUGGAGUACCACAGCGGAUGCGUCCAGAACCCGGCAUAUGAGAGAAACAGCAUUAUUACGAUGCAAGACCCAGAAGAGGAAUCGGUCGCUCACAACAAGCUCCCUCCACCGGCAUCUGAUCUUUUUAACCAUUCAGAAGAGAUCUAUCAGGAAAUGGAUAAAGAAACCGACAACCCGCUGUACGAAACUAGCGCCGUCGAAGAUGCAGCAACGAAAAAUAUAAUUUAUGACGCGCUGGACUGAAUUACUAAGUAUUUUUUGUAAAUAAAUUACUACUAUAAUUCAAGCCAAUUUUGUACCAAAGCAAGAAUGAAAAAUAAUAGAUAAAUAAUGUUUGUCAAAUGUACGCCACUAACCCAGCCCCCUUCCCCCUCCUCGAACAACGAACUCGCGGAAUACACAUGAUCCCCGUGACUCUAGUAACAUUUGAUAAUUACUCGUCAGCUAGUAUUAUUGUCUUGCUGUAGUUCGCCUCGCCCAUACCACCUCUGGAUCCUAAUGGGCUCACCCGUCAGGGUUUCUCCCCAUAUGGGCGGAUGUUAUGGGGGAGUAGAGGAAUUUUGUAAUAAUCUACAAGCGAGUCGCACACAAUUUAAUACAACACAAUAUUACAAAGCGGUAGGAAAUUUAUUAUAAUAUAUAUCUCUAUAUUUGUAUUCUUGAUUAAUAAACAUAACCUUAUUCA